UUUUUAUUUACAGGCUUCUCUCUCCCUCUCUCAAUCUCCUCCCUUUUUCCCUUAUACCAUCCCCUUAUACUAUCUUGUUUCUUUCUUCACUGUAGUUCUCGUUCUUCCUCGACGCUGCAACUCCUAACUUCAAAAGUAUUCCUUUUCUCGCAUUUGCAUUUCCUGUGUUGGAUUUGUAUUCCUGGUUCCCAUUUUCUUGAGAGUUUGAGAAUUCACAAACAGAAGGAAGGAUGAGCAGUAACAUGGAGACUCGAUCUCUGCUGGAUGAGCUCCGAAACUUCGACAAGGGCGGUUUCUUCGACCUCGGCCAUCCCCUCCUCAACCGUGUCGCUGAAAGCUUCGUCAAAGCCGCUGGGAUCGGCGCAGUUCAAGCGGUCAGUCGUGAGGCUUAUUUCACCGCCAUUGAAGGCUCAGGAAUGGAUUCGAGCGGGAUUUCAGAAAUCGGAGCUACUAAGAAGCAACAUCUCCCUGACCUAAGAGGGGAGACCAAUAGGAAAUCUCUUGAAGCAAUGGUGAAAAAUACAGGCAAAGAGUCUUUGCAGUGGGGGCUAGCUGCUGGAAUGUACUCAGGCCUCACAUUUGGACUAAAAGAGGCUCGAGGUGCUCAUGAUUGGAAAAAUAGCGCAGUUGCAGGUGCAAUUACUGGAGCGGCAUUGGCACUCACAUCAGAUGAUCACUCGCACGAACAGAUUGUCCAAUGUGCCAUUACUGGAGCAGCAAUCUCUACAGCAGCUAAUCUUCUCUCUGGAGUAUUUUAGAUUGGUUGGGAAAAGCAAAUUCUGAUCUGCAGGAGCUGAUGGAAACUUAGCUGCAAAGCUCAAGUUGGUGUCUUUUUUGUUUUAGAAGUCCUAGAUUACAGCGUUGCUUUUACUAGUUAUCUUUACUUUCCUUUUCAAUGAUUUCGUUUCCAGCUGGCCUCGCUCGAGAAUUGGGAGGAGGGUUAGUGCACUUUUGCUCUGGAAAUCACAGGGUUGAGCUGCAGAGUGUAAUCACUAUGAAACUAAUUGUUAUUUUGUUGUGUUUAAUAUAUCCCCAGCAUUCUACUUUGAGUCUAA